AUGGACGAUUUCAUCUGCACCCCGAGCACGCAGGGCAGCUGCGGGCCGCAGGACAAAAUGGCGCCAGGAUCCCCAAGCCAGGACAGCAUGGGGGACUCCCUCCCAGAUGACACCCUGGCCCAGAUCAAGCAGGAGCUGGCCAUGAUCUCCACCCAUAUGCUCACCAAGGCGGACUCGGGCGGCCUCCUACAAGAGCUUCGGACGGCGAUCAGGGAGGAACUCACGGCCCUGCGAACAGACCUGUCGGCGGUCGAGGUGAGGGUGGAGGCCCUGGAGACCGAGGCGCAAGCAUGCCGCACACAGCACCGGGCCGCUGAACUGGCCACCACGCGACAGGGGAACAUGCUGCUCUCCCUGCGACGCCAGGUUGAAGAUCUGGAGAAUAGGAGCCGGCGGCAAAACAUUCGGAUCCGGGGCCUCCCGGAGCCGGACGCAACUCCGCUGCCAGACACCCUGAGGGCCCUCUUCAGACAGAUCUUGGGCCAGGAGGGCCCCAAAGAGAUCCAGUUCGACCGCGUCCACAGGGCACAAGGGCCCCAACGCCCGGAUGGAAGGCCCCGUGACGUCCUUUGUUGUCUCCACACGUAUAGCACUAAGGAGAAGCUGAUGGCGGCGGCCAGGGGUAUGACGAGCAUACAGUUCCAUGGCUCGGAGGUGUCCCUCUAUCAGGACCUCUCCGGCCUCACGUUGGACGCCAGGCGUGCCCUCCGGCCACUCACGACCACCCUGCGAGACAAGGGGGUCCCCUACCAGUGGGGAUUCCCCUUCAGCCUGCAAAUUAAACACGGCACCACGUGGCUCCAAGUGCGCUGGCCCGAUGACAUCCCGCGGGCCCUGCGGACCCUACGGCUGCCGAACAUCCGGGUCCGUAAUUGGCUUCUGGACACCCCACUGGCUCCCCGACAGGACCCAGGCGUGGAUGACUGCCCGCCCGCGCCCAGGAGAGAAGAGGCCCGGUCACCCCGGAUGUGGGGCGGACCGAGUGGCGCUGAAGAGUAA